AUGCUCACCCAACAGCACAAAGGAUACCAGGAUCUCCCCGGAGGUAUGGCCGGAACGAUCCAGCAACAAGCAUACAUGGGAGGCUACAUGGGUGGUGGGCAAUCGUACGGCUCUUCCCCACCGCCGUCCGGCCAGAUGCGGGAUAUGCGCGAACUUGGCAACACGAUGGGUAGCUGCGUCGGAGGUUACGCCUCGUCCGAGUCGCCCGAACUGCACUCGGAACGCACUGUCAUUCCACAAGGUCCCACGAAUCAGGCUUCACCAGAAAAGUAUCGGAGAAAUUAUUCGCACGCCAAGCCGCCCUACUCGUACAUCUCGCUUAUCACCAUGGCGAUUCAGAAUAGUACGAGCAAGAUGCUAACCCUGUCGGAGAUCUAUCAGUUCAUCAUGGAUCUGUUCCCUUACUACAGACAGAACCAGCAGAGAUGGCAGAACUCCAUCAGGCAUAGCCUUAGCUUCAAUGACUGCUUUGUUAAAGUUCCCCGGACACCGGAUAAGCCAGGAAAAGGAUCUUUCUGGACAUUACACCCGGACUCAGGCAAUAUGUUCGAGAACGGAUGCUACCUGCGCCGUCAGAAGCGGUUCAAGUGCGAAAAACGCGAAAACCCCCUGACGCGGUCGAGCGGCGCGCACCAAACUAAGUCUUCACAUUCAAGCCACAAGAAGCAGGCUGUACUUCAGAACCCACAGAACGGUGGCUCGGAACACACGGCCACAGGGCUUGAGGCCCAGCAUCUUCACGGUAACAACUCCUUCGACGCCUUGCAACAGCAACACAAUCUCUGGAAUCAGAGCCACCUCGGCCAUCAAAGCGGAAUCGGGCAACAGCUCCCGCAGCAACAGAUGUUCGGGGUGGGCGGUAUGGACGGCAUGCACCCUCAACUGUCGACGCUUGGGAUAUCGCACGACUUGCUCAAGAUCGAUCCAACCAACCACCCGUUUAGCAUCUCAAACAUCAUCAACAAUGCUGAAAACAAGGCCGACCUGAAACUCUAUGAAAUGCAGUUCAACCAGUCGUGUUACGGAGCUCCGGUGACACCACCACAAUCGCAGGGCAACCAGCAUAUGGGCUCAGAAACCACUACGCACCACGGUUCCGCGACGGCCCAGAGCGAAAACUACAAUAGCUUCCAUCCCUCAUUAUAUCAGAUGUAUCAAUCCACGCCCACUAGUUUAUAAUCAGGCAUUUAUCGUCAAACGUGACACCUAUGAGCAUGGCGGACUCAACAGGGCUAUACUGUAGAAUUUCGGCUGCGAGUUCUUCGGUAGACUCGAUCCGACCACCGACGGAGAUCCCUUCCGUUUACUUUGAAUCAGCUGAUUGAAUGCUUCUUCAUCGUGACAAGAGGCUCCGACUAGGCUUACCGCUUUUUGGUCUGGCGGACCAUGCCGCCGAAGCCGAUAUCCGAGCGGGGCUGGGGUUCAAACCACCGGACUAGAAUGUGCCAGGGAAGCUGAGAUCUGUACAAUGUAUUUUCUACUUUUCUUAAGAACAUCAUCAUAUCUCAAAGUCAAGUUCUCCCGGCAUAUUCGGCAGCUUGGCUAGCAGUUGGGGAUCCUCUAAUGCGGAUCGACCGACCAUGUCUUUUAGAUGGAAUGGAGGAGUAUUUCAGAAUUUUCGCUGGAAAAAGUCACUUCUCGAUUGCGUAUCCC